AACUUGUUGAGCGGUUCAGCCCCAAACCACCCACUAUUUCGAUUUUUGAACUCCAGUCCCGGUCUCAAAUCUCCCAAUCCCCUACCGACGCCGCACCUGAGCCCCCUCGUGGCGGCGAGAUCCAGACGGGGCCCGGCCGCCGCCGGCGCAUGUCCUCCGUCGACGCCGCGAAACGAGCUGCUGAUGGAGCAGACCCGCUUGGUCUUGAAGGAGCCGGGGAACAUCCAGAAGCUCUAUCAGGAGGAUCGAGUGAAAGCUGCUGCUGCUGCGGAUGGCCUGCCGGUGCUGAUGGAGCAGGCCAGCCUGGUCUUGAAGGCUAGAAGGCCUGGGCUGGACCGCAAGCGGCCUCACUUCUCUCUCAAGCCCCCCCAAAGCAUUCCCAUGAAUGUUGAUUUCUCUAAGCUGGAUACCAUUGACGAUCCAGAGGAAUACUUCUUAACCAUGGAGUGGCUCCAAAAGGCUGACAUGGAGAUAAAAAGGAUAAGGGGCGAGCUUCCAACAAUAAAAGCAAAUUAUGAUCGGCCUAUCAAACCACCCCAGAAGCGGCCUGGAAUGUCGAGGAGAGAAUCGGUCUAUUCUUACAAUUUUAGUGUGGACAUGGAUACGUCAAAUGUUAUUGAAGCACCCAUUUCCCAGAUGGGAACUUUAACAGAAUCUCAGUCUACUCAAGAUGGCAUGCCUCCUUCAGUUCCCGAAAGAACUAAGUCACCGGUCCCUUCAAGUUCUAGCCAAUGUGACAUACGAGAUGUCUCAACGAGAGAAGAUUCAUUUGCUAAGAGGGAUAAAAGCGCCACUAUGGAUUCCUUACUGUCAGCAUUCAAAAGUUUCGAUGAAUCUAAAGAGGAAAGCGUGUUGCGAGAGAAGUUACAGAUCAAAGAAAUAAACAUAAGGGAAGUUAGUAUUCCUGACCUAUUAAAUGUUCCUGAUAGGCCUGUAAGAAGCACUAAGCAGAAGUAUCUGACGAGUGAUCAUACUCCAGAAAGACCUGUAUUAGGGAGCCAGCGUGCUCCAAUCUCGAAAUUGGGGAAACACAUACUUGGUGGAGACAUUCUGAACGAUAAAGCAGAUCUUUCAGAAGACGAUGAAUCUGAUAAUUCUUCAGAAACUGUUGUGGAUAAUCAAUCGCAGGCGCACAGUUCUUACAAUGCUGUUGUUUUGACGAAUGGUGAGGCCUCUACUGCAAGGGAGACCCCAACUUCAAGCAUCAAAUUUCCAGACCGUGUUCUUGAACCAGGAAGUUCUCCACUUGUUGCAUGCAUAGAUAGUGAAGUUGCCAAAGAAACGGAUGCAUCUAGCCGACAAAAUGUUCCAUCAGAGGAAGAGCAUGUGCCACUGAAUCGCCCAUUUACCGAGAGGCCAAAUAAUGAACCAGAAAUUUCUUCUCAUUAUUUGGAAGGUGGAACAACCAAAGUGUUGGGUAGUGCACCAGGUAGAAAUGCGUCUGUGUUGCAUGGUGAAGAUGACAAUAUUGGAUAUCAGGGAGUGCUUGGAGGAGACAUGCUUGUGCAAGGUACCUACUUUCCUUGCAAUUUUUUGCUGAACGUAGACUCUCAAAAGAGUUGUAACAUUUUGCUCAUCAGAACUGAGGACUCAAGAUUUAGCAAAAGAAAGGGAACAAUUUUAUUUAUUGUACCCCCACGUUAGAAUGGACUUUUACCGCUUAAAGAAACAAGAUGAUAGUACAUUAUCACGAAGUUGAUUCUACUCUGGCAAUAUUAGUUUCCUAGUUAUGCUAUUUUGGAGUCAGACAUACUAUAAGCAGCAUGACUCCCUUGAACCACCCACGCAAAGUUUGUGCAUGCUAUUCUGGACAUGGACAACAAAUUUUGGGCAGCAGGAAUCAUAAGCUGCAUGAUGUU